CAGUAAGCUUCCUUUCCCUGGCACGCGCACCCGGCGAGCUUGUCGCACACGUUUUCCGUUGCCCCAUAUCUGCAAAUCUGGAUUUUUCUAACAUCUCAGCGACAGCAAAACACACGGAAAUACUGUUUUCAGAAGCAUAGAUUGGCGGCUCCCAUAAGCGAUGUCACGUUUUUUUGCCACCGGGUCUGACAGCGAGUCAGAGGAGUCCUCAUCCGGCGAUGAGAUCACCUCCAAAGCCCCGGGGACCACCAUAAAGCAGUCGUUGCUUCUUAGCGAUGAUGAAGAGGAUACUAAAAGAGUGGUGCGUAGCGCCAAGGACAAAAGGUUUGAAGAGCUGACCAAUCUUAUAAAGACCAUUCGUAACGCCAUGAAGAUCCGUGACAUGGCCAAAUGUCUGGAGGAGUUUGAACAGUUAUGUCGAGCCUUCCUGAAAAGUAAGAACAUUGUGGAUAAAGAAGGGGUCCCUCAGUUCUACAUCCGCCUUCUGGCUGACCUGGAGGACUAUCUAAACCAGCUCUGGGAGGACAAAGAGGGCAAGAAGAAGAUGAACAAAAACAACGCAAAGGCGCUGAGCACCCUGCGUCAGAAGAUCCGCAAAUACAACCGAGAUUUUGAAACCGAGAUAGCUUCUUAUAAGGAGAACCCACAGGAGUCUGCAGAUGAAGAGGAGGAGAAGGAGCAGGAAGACUCUGGCUCGUCAUCUGAAAGCGACGAUGAUGCAGGGGAGGAGGUGUCAGCCAAGUCCUUCCUGAAGAAAAAGCCUGAAGGUGCUUCAGAAGCGAGCAAGUUCCUGAAGACGGCGAAGGGUUCUGGGGAUGAGUCCUCUUCGAGUGAUGAAGAUGAUGAUGAUGACGAGGACUGGGGUGGAGACUCUGAGGAAAGCGGCAGUGAGAGCUCAGAUGAUGAGGAAGGGAAGGGCAAGUCUUUGGCCACAGCUUUCCUCAAGAAGGUGUCCAGCACUGACAAAUCCGGCAUGAAGAAGGCUGAGAAGAGGAAGAAGCAAAAAAAAGAGCGAGCUGGGGAGCUUCAGGAGGGCGAAGGGGUCGAGGAUGGUGAAGGACCCUGGGAGAAGGUUAAAGGAGGUGUCCCUCUGGUCAAGGAGAAGCCCAAGAUGUUCGCCAAAGGAACUGAGAUCAACGUACCAGUAGUGGUGAAGAAGCUCAAUGAAAUCCUGCAAGCCAGGGGCAAAAAGGGUACAGACAGGGCUGCUCAGAUUGAUCUGCUCCAUGCCCUGGCGGCCAUCGCUGCUGAGAAUAACUUGGGCCAAGGGAUCAUGGUUAAGAUCAAGUUCAAUAUAAUCGCCUCUCUGUAUGAUUAUAACCCCAACCUGGCAGCCUUCAUGAAGGCCGACAUGUGGAAGAAGUGCUUGGAUUGUAUUGACGAGCUGCUGGACAUUCUGUUUGAGCACAACAACAUCUUCAUCGGGGAGAACAUCGCUGAGGACAGCGAGAAUCUGAUCAUCUCAGACCAGCCUUUCAGGGUGCGAGGAUGCGUUCUGACCCUGGUAGAGAGGAUGGAUGAAGAGUUUACCAAGAUAAUGCAGAACACUGACCCUCAUUCUCAAGAGUAUGUGGAUAACCUGAAAGACGAAGGUCGAGUUUGUGGCAUCAUUGACCGGCUUCUCUCCUACUUGGAGAACAAAGGAAGCACUGAGGAGAUCUGCCGUGUUUACCUGCGAAGAAUCAUGCACACCUACUACAAGUUCGACUACAAGGCCCACCGCCGCAGCUUAGGCCUUCAGGGAGAAACCAAGUCAGAGCAGGACCAGGAGGAGAGCGAGGCAGAGGACAGCGCCAUCAUCAUGGACCGCCUUUGCAAGUUCAUCUACGCCAAGGAUCGCACAGACCGCAUCCGUACCUGCGCCAUCCUCUGCCACAUCUACCACCAUGCUCUCCACUCACGCUGGUACCAGGCCCGUGACCUGAUGCUCAUGAGUCACCUGCAGGACAACAUCCAGCACGCUGAUCCACCAGUGCAGAUCCUCUACAACAGAACCAUGGUCCAGCUCGGCAUCUGUGCCUUCAGACAGGGCAUGAUUAAAGACGCCCACAACGCUCUGUUAGACAUCCAGUCAUCAGGCCGCGCCAAGGAACUCCUGGGUCAGGGUCUGCUGAUGAGGAACAUGCAGGAAAGGAACGCAGAGCAGGAGAAGAUCGAAAAGAGGAGACAGGUCCCAUUCCACAUGCACAUCAACCUGGAGCUGCUGGAGUGUGUCUACCUGGUGUCGGCCAUGCUGCUGGAAAUCCCCUACAUGGCUGCCCAUGAGUUUGACGCCCGCCGUAGGAUGAUCAGCAAGCAGUUCCAUCAUCAGCUCCGAGUGGGAGAGAGGCAGCCGCUGCUGGGACCCCCAGAGAGCAUGAGGGAACAUGUGGUAGCAGCUAGCAAGGCCAUGAAGAUGGGCGACUGGCGCACCUGCCACUCAUUCAUCAUCAAUGAGAAGAUGAACAGCAAAGUUUGGGACCUGUUUCCUGAAACGCAGCGAGUACGCGAGAUGCUCGUCAGGAAGAUCCAGGAGGAGUCCCUGAGAACGUAUCUGUUCACCUACAGCAGUGUGUACGACUCCAUCAGCAUGGAGACAUUGUCCGAGAUGUUUGAGCUGGAGAUCCCAACAGUUCAUAGCAUUAUUAGCAAGAUGAUCAUCAAUGAGGAGCUGAUGGCGUCUCUUGACCAGCCCACACAGACCGUGGUGAUGCACCGCACUGAACCCACCUCCCUGCAGAACAUGGCUCUGCAGCUGGCAGAGAAACUGGGCAGCUUGGUGGAGAACAACGAGCGCAUCUUCGACCUCAAACAGGGCGUCUACGGUGGCUACUUUAACAGAGAUCAGAAAGGUGGAUAUCAGCAGAAGCAGCCAUACCAGAGAGAUCAGAAAGGCGGCUACCAGCAGAAGCAGGGCGGCUACCAGCGAGGAGGCUACAGGAAUCAAAACCAAAGCAACUACUGAACUUAGGAAUCAGAAUUUGUAUUUCACUUCUUGGAGUUUUUUCAUUCCAUAAAGCCCAAAACAACCGGAGUUUGGCCACAUCCUGAAACCUAGCCUCUUCCACAGAUUUGAAGUGUUACAGUCUGCUUUAUGUACCAAUUUUAUGUACCAUGAUUUUCACCUUUAGCGAAAGCAGUCAGCUGGAUUCCAACAUGGCAAAUAUUAUUUACUUUAAAAACCAGAAAUAAUAAAAAUA